AUGUCCAAUACAUUGCAAUAUCAGCCAGUACAAAAGUUAGAGGCAUAUUUUCCACCAUUUCAACAUUUUGGCGAUGACUUAAGCUACAAUAACAGUAGCAAUGUUGGAAACAGCUGCUCUAUUCAGAUCUCUCAUGACCAAUAUUGCACGCUAGAGUCAUCCCCAAUGAGUGUUAAUUAUACUGUUUAUAACUCGCCAUCUAAUGUCAUUUUCUCAUCCGGCGCGAGUCCUAUGUCCCAAAAAGACUCUCAGUCAUACCCAACCGAACCAUGUUUAUCUCCGGACACUAAAUAUGGCUCCUCUAUAAGUGAAUCUUGCAUAACUGAGGAUGUGAAUGACUUCAGGCACAAACUAAAAGAACUGGAGACUGUAAUGCUGGGACCUGAUCUUGACAUUCUCGCAAUUUACAAUACCUUACCAAGCAAUAUUAUAGCGACACCAGAUAUAGACAAUUGGAGACAAAUGAUGGAGGCCAUUCCCAAAGGGGACUUGAAGAAGGUACUUAUUGCUUGUGCAAAAGCGGUGUCGAAUAAUGAUUUGUUGAUGGCACAAUGGCUGAUAUCCGAGUUGCGUCAACUAGUGUCUGUUUCUGGUGAACCGAUACAGCGUCUGGGAGCUUACAUGUUGGAGGGGCUUGUUGCCAGGCUGGCUUCUUCGGGGAGUUCCAUUUAUAAAUCUCUAAGAUGCAAAGAACCUGCGAGUUUUGAGCUACUAUCUUAUAUGAAAAUUCUCUAUGAAGCCUGCCCAUACUUCAAGUUUGGAUAUAUGUCUGCAAAUGGUGCCAUUGCAGAAGCUAUGAAGGAUGAAAAUAGAGUGCACAUAAUUGAUUUCCAGAUUGGACAGGGGAGCCAAUGGAUAUCUCUAAUCCAAGCAUUUGCAGCCCGUCCUGGAGGGCCACCUCAAAUCCGGAUUACAGGUAUCGAUGAUUCUACAUCAGCUUAUGCACGUGGAGGAGGACCAAAUAUUGUGGGACGGAAGCUAUCUAAGCUUGCUCAGACUUUCAAAGUACCUUUCGAAUUCCAUUCUGCAUCCAUGUUCGGAUGUGAAGUUCACCUUGAAAAUCUUGGAAUUCGACCUGGUGAGGCAUUGGCUGUGAAUUUUGCAUUCAUGUUACAUCACAUGCCGGAUGAAAGUGUCAGUACCGAAAAUCAUCGAGACAUGCUAUUGAGGUUCUUAGAAGCAUUGGACUAUUAUACGGCUAUGUUUGAAUCAAUUGAUGCAACUCUCCCCAGAGAACGCAAGGAGCGAAUCAACGUCGAGCAACAUUGUUUAGCGAGGGAUGUUGUUAACAUUAUAGCCUGUGAGGGAACGGAGAGAGUGGAACGUCAUGAGCUUCUUGGGAAAUGGAAGUUGCGGUUCAAAAUGGCUGGUUUUAGUCCGUACCCCUUGAGUUCUUUGGUAAAUGCUACAAUCAAGACGUUGCUCCAAAACUACUGCACUAAAUAUAGGCUUGAAGAAAGAGAUGGAGCUCUAUAUCUCGGUUGGUUGAAUAGAGAUUUGGUUGCUUCUUGUGCCUGGAAGUGA